CGAAAGCUUUAGCCUCUGAAAACAGAUUCGUAAAUCGAUUAUUAUACUGUGAUUCUUUGUGGCAUCUGGGUGUAUAAAGAUUCGAUGAUUCUCUGUUCAAACCUCCAUAUAUGACCAGUCCGAUGAUUCUGAAGUCUCUCAGAGACAAAAGUAGUGAUCUUGGGGAUCAUGUCCAGCUUUGGUUUGAGAGCCCACUCCCUGAACAAGAGGUCGUGGGUUCAACAACCAGAGUAUGGAGAUUUCGCCUCCGGCCACCUUCGGGUGCUUCAUAUCCCACACGUGGUGUCGGUUGUGCGUGUGGGUCGGGAUUAGUCUGGGUCCUUUGUGUCUGGGAUUACCCGGUUAUCAAAAAAAAAUAGUGAUCUUUUAACUAUGUCUAGGGUUUAGGGCUCAUGUUCACGUGUGUUCCUGAUCUGGGUUUGGUUUCAUAUGAUCUGUUUGAUUCGAAUUCUUCGAUAUUACUCGAAAUGUUUCGAUGAAACAUACCAUGAGAACAUCUUGCUUCCUUCUUAGGUUAUCGGAAAUCGGGUUUUGCAGAAAGAGCGUAGAAUUUUGAUACCUUAAGAUUGAGAAAAUGGAGAUGAAGAAGGCAGAAAGAGUGGUAAUAGUUAAGCCAGUUGCCUCGAGGCCUUCCUGUUCGGGUUUCAGGACAUUUACAGAGCUUCUGACCAAAUCUGUCACUCUCUCUCCAACAAAGAGGUUCCAUGAAACCGUUGUCUCGGCUAUAAAGCCGAAGACUGCAAGAGUUUCCCCCUUGUUUCCUCAACCACGGGGUGAAGUCUCUUCUGAUGAUCAAAGAGCAACCGAAAGCUUUGUCGUGUAUAAACCUAAAGCAAAGGUUGUCUCCAAGGCAACGAUCUCCGUUCUGGCGAAGAUGCUUCAGGGAAAGGUCAGUGUAGAUCAUCGUCAGGGACCCUUGAAACAAAACGAAGUGCCGUUGCAGAAUUCGAGCCGAGAUGGUAGACAGUGUUUCCAGAAAGUUCCGACCUUUGCAGAAGCGGAAGCGAAUGCUAGAUCAUCCGAGACGUCGACGGGAGACCGGUCCUCUCUCGACGGGUAUAACUGGAGGAAGUACGGGCAGAAGCAAGUGAAAGGAAGCGAGUUUCCGAGGAGUUAUUACAAGUGCACGCACAUAAACUGUCCGACGAAGAAGAAGGUCGAGAGUUCAUUGGAUGGUAAGAUGUCAGAGGUUGUGUAUCAGGGCGAGCAUAAUCACCCGAAACCUCGGCUUCCCCCGAGGAGCAGCACUUCCUCUAGAGGAUCAGCCCGGGAGGAUCCCGUCGGCUGUCCUCCUCGGAGGAAUAUGACAGGGUCAAGUGUUUCAGCGGCUUCUGGCUCGGCUGUUAGAACUUCGGAUUCUUGUUGUCGGAGCGGCGACCAUGAUGGAGAAAUCGAAGGACUUUAUGGAGAGCUUGAUGACCCAAAAUCCAAGAGAAGGAAGAACGAGCAUCGAACGAGGGAAGCGGGCGUGUCAGAGGAGGGUUCGGUGGAUUCGGAAGCUCUUGAAGACGGCUUCCGUUGGAGAAAAUACGGACAGAAAGUCGUCGGAGGAAACCCUUUCCCCAGGAGCUACUACAGAUGCACGAGCAGUGGUUGCGGAGCAAGAAAGCACGUAGAGAGAGCGUCCGAUGAUCCGGCGGCUUUCAUUACAACCUACGAAGGGAAACACACGCACCAGAUGCCCUUCCGACACGCUCCCCCACAAGCAGACAUACCAAGAAUCUUCUAGAAGCAUCCUGAAGAUGAGAGUUCACGCAAAAACAUCGAUUAUAUAUACGUAUUUUUUAAAUAUAGAUUUAUUUGUAAUAUGUUCACAUUUAAACGUUAUGAUAAUAUGCUAAAGGACCGUCUCAUACUACGUUAUUUGAAAUUUCAAA